AGAAUUGCUUGUUAAAUCUUCAAAUGUGCAUAAAUUCUAUUUUAAUUCAUUUCAGAUGCAUGGGCAUCGAUUGUUGUGAAAGCUAGUAUUAGCGGGAAUGAGCGCAAACGCGGCCUCCGAAUUACCGAUAAUUGAAUUGGCAAAGCAAUUUGCGCCGACCAACUUAAACAUCUUUUGUUUUCUUUCCGUUUCCAUGCACAAGAGAUGCUUGGGGAAAUGCUUCCGCCAGGGUUAGUGUCCAAAGCUUGGAUUAGUAUGCUCAAUGACUGCACCAGACAUGGUAGGCAUUGUCAAGCUUUGUCCCUUUUCGUUCAGAAGGUGCGAUGUUCAUCAAGUUUUGGACUUGACCACCAAGUUCUUGCGGCUAUUCUCAAAUCCUGCGCUGCCCUUCGGACCACCCUUUUCGGAAGGGCUCUUCACAGUUGUGCGGUGAAACUGGGUCAUGUCUCUUGCCACUCUGUGUCCAAAGCCCUGCUUAACAUGUAUGCUAAAUCAGGAGCUCUCGGUGAUUGUCAGAAACUGUUUAGUCAAAUGGGUACUUCUACUUCUGAUCCUGUUGUUUGGAACAUUGUCUUAUCCGGGUUGUCUGGUUAUCGGGAAUAUAAUGAUCAAGUUCUUCGUUUGUUUAAUUCAAUGCCUGUUUCCAAUGAAGCAAAGCCCAAUCCUGUCACAGUUGCUAUUGUCCUUCCUUUGUAUGCUCGGUUAGGAGACAUAGAUGGAGGGAACGUUGUGCACUCUUACGUGAUUAAGUCCGGAUUGGAUGCACAUACCCUUGUUGGGAAUGCACUAAUAUCGAUGUAUGCAAAAUGUGGACUAGUAAAAGAAGAUGCAUAUGCUGUUUUCUGUAGCAUUAGUGACAAAGAUGUUGUUUCGUGGAAUGCAAUCAUUGCAGGUUUUUCUGAGAAUAAUUUGAUGGAUGAUGCAUUUAGAUUGUUCAGGAAGAUGCUGAAAGGACCAAUAGCACCAAAUGAUUCAACGAUUGUGAAUAUUCUACUUGUUUGUGCUUCUUUAGAUAAGAAUGUUGCCUGCUACUUGGGGAAGGAGAUUCAUUGUUUUUUGCAGAGAAGGACCGAUAUAGGAGCAGAUGUUUCAGUCUGCAAUGCCUUGAUGAGCUACUAUUUGAGAGUUGGGCAUAUGGAUAAAGCGGAAUUAGUGUUUCAAAAGAUGGAAUCAAGAGAUUUGGUUUCAUGGAACGCUAUUAUUGCUGGAUAUGUGGCAAAUGGUUAUUGGUUGAGAGCUUUGGAUUUGUUUCUAGAAUUACUCUCUGCAAAUAUGUUUGGGCCAAAUUCUGUUACUCUUGUUAGCAUUCUUUCUGCUUGUGCACACUUAAAGGACCUGCAGGUUGGAAAAGUGAUCCACGGGUAUAUUCUUCGACAUUCUUGCUUAUAUGCAGAUACAGCGGUGGAAAAUUCCCUUAUUAGUUUCUAUGCAAAGUGUCAUCAUAUAGGAGCAGCUUAUCAGACAUUUUUGAUGAUUCCUUGGAGAGACUUGGUAUCAUGGAAUUCCAUUCUUGAUGCCUUUGCAGAGUGUGAAUAUGAUGCUCGGUUUCAGGAACUUUUAAACUUUAUGCUUGGGGAAGGACUUAGGCCUGAUUUCAUCACCUUCUUAGCCAUAUUACGGUUUUGUGUCUGUGUUUCAAGUCUAGUAAAGGUUAAAGAAACUCAUUGCUAUUGCCUCAAGGCUGGUUUUUUACAGGGUAAUAGUGAACCUGCUGUUAUAAAUGCAAUAAUUGAUGCAUAUGCUAAAUGUGGUAACAUGGGAUAUGCUUCAAGGAUUUUUCAUAGUUUUUCAGGGAGGAAGAAUUUGGUUACAUUCAAUUCAAUGAUCUCAGCUUAUGUGAAUUCUGGAUCAUAUGAUGAUGCAUUUAUGAUUUUUAAUGGGAUGUCUGUGAGGGAUCUCACCUCUUGGAAUUUGAUGGUUCAAGCAUGCACUGAAAAUGAUUGUCCUGGUCUGGCUCUCAGCCUUUUCCAUGAGUUACAAGCUCAAGGAAUGAAGCCUGAUGUAGUGACUAUUAUGAGCAUCCUUCCAGUAUGUGCUCAACUGGCCUCUGUUUACAUGUUGAGGCAGUGCCAUGGUUUUGUGAUAAGAGCUUGUUUUCAAGAUGCUCACUUAAAUGGAGCUCUUUUAGAUGUAUAUGCAAAAUGUGGCAGAAUAUGGAGUGCUCAUAAGCUUUUCCAGUCAACUCCUGUUAAGGAUCUGGUUAUGUUCACUUCUAUGAUUGGUGGGUAUGCCAUGCACGGUAUGGGUGAGGAAGCACUUAGCCAUUUCUCUUAUAUGCUUGAGUCAGGGGUGAAGCCUGAUCAUGUUAUCAUUACUGCCAUUUUAUCUGCUUGCAGUCAUGCUGGCCUUGCAGAUGAAGGGUUGAAAAUUUUUUAUUCACUAGACACUGCUCAUGGAAUGAAACCAAGCAUAGAACAUUAUGCUUGCAUUGUGGACCUUCUAGCUCGAGGAGGUCGAAUCAAUGAUGCAUAUUCUUUGGUUGCUGGUAUGUCUGUUGAAGCUAAUGCUACUGUGUGGGGGACAUUAUUGGGUGCCUGUAGGACUCAUCACGAGGUAGAAUUGGGCCGUGUUGUGGCAGACCACCUUUUUCAAAUUGAAGCUAAUAAUAUUGGGAACUAUGUGGUAAUGUCAAACCUAUAUGCGGCAGAUGCUAGAUGGGAUGGUGUCAUGGAGGUGAGAAAACUGAUGAGAACAAGAGAUUUGAGAAAACCGGCAGGAUGCAGCUGGAUUGAGGUGGAGAAGAGAAAUAACGUCUUCAUAUCUGGAGACUGUUUUCAUCCUGAGAGGAAAAUUAUCUAUAGUACAUUAAGUACCUUGGAUCAACAAAUCAAGGAGCCAUUUCUAUUUGAUAAGAUCAACAUAUUCUCUUAUGGCAUUUAGAGCUUCAUAAAAGGUAACUAGAGACUACUUAUGGGAUGAAACUAAGCAUAAAGCAAUAUGCUUGCAUUGUGGAUCCUUUAGCUCGAGGAGGACUGAUCAUGAGGUGGAAUUGGGCCGUGUUGUGGUAGAUCACCUUUUUCAAAUUGAAGCUAAUAAUAUUGGGAACUAUGUGGUAAUGUCAAACCUAUAUACGGCAGAUGCUAGAUGGGACGGUGUCAUGGAGGUGAGAAAACUGAUAAGUACGAUGCAGCUGGAUUGAGGUGGAGAAGAGAAAUAACGUCUUCACAGCUGGAGACUGUUGUCAUCCUAAGAGAUGCUAGAUCAGAUGGUGACAUGGAGUUGAGAAAACUGAUGAGAACAAGAGAUUUAUAAAACCUGCAGGAUGCAGCUGGACUGAGGUGGAGAAGAGAAAUGACGACUUCAUAGCCGGAGACUGUUUUCGUCCUAAGAGAAAAAUUAUCUAUGGUAAAUUGAGUACCUGGGAUCAACAAAUCAAGGAGCGAUUUCUGUUUGAUAAGAUCAACAUAUUCACUUAUUCCAUUUAGAGCUUCAUAAAGAAGGAAAAUGCGACUAAAAUGUCAAUAAUCUUAGAUGUUAUUGGUAAUAAUCUUGACAGACUGAAUGCCUUUUUUUGUUUUUGCUGGUAAGGGCAUUCUACUUACCGGAUCAAAUCCAUUUUACCUCAACUGAAUCUAGUCUUAAUGGUUGAAGUUGGUGUUCCUCAACUUCGACAGAUGUAUUAAAUAGAAAUAUCCAAGAUUUCAGUCAAGUGUCAGAAUUGGUUUUCUGCUUCUGCAGUGAUUUAGUUAACUUGAAACAAAUUGUUAGAAUUUCUAUAUACUGUUGUUGACUUAUGUCCUGUUUUUCAUUUUGAAGGUGAUUCUGCAAUGACCAGGACCAAGACUUGUUUGGAAACUUAAUAAUUUUUGUUUUUGAAGUUGAAUGAGCCCAUAAACUGUUUGCAGGCUCUCUCAUAGAGGAGAUAGUGUCAUCUUUGUUGGUAGUGUGAAUUAGUAAGUUGAAUGCUUCGAGGUUAGAUAUUGUUUUGAUGAUCAAUAGGCAAGGAUUCUGUGUAUCUUUUCCACAUAAGUUCGGUAUAUUUUAAGUUAAAAUUUCGCAGAAUGUAGAGGAUGCUAAAGUGGUUUUGCUCAAUUGGUUGCAACUUCAGAAAUAUCAGGUUCCAUCAUACAGUUUCCAUUUUCUUCUCCUCAUAUGUCACCAUAUUUGAAGUAUGUGUUUUGCAUUUGAUCUGCAUUAUGACUUUAGUACAAUCUAUUUUUCGUGGUCUUCUUGCCUGGAUUAACAAACAUGUUUCUACAUCUCACAUCUGAAGUAGUAUGAAAUUCUGUUGGUACCGAGUAUUCUUUUAGGUUUUCGUCAAUACUAAAGCUGCAAAUGAGCUGACCCAAGAAAAGAAAAAUUAUUGUUACAGUUUAUGCUCAGCUUUGUAAGGGGAGCAUAGGGCUUCAAUCAAGCGAACUCAAGUUUAGCUCAAAGAAAAUCUUGAAAAUCAGUUGAGACAUCAAAAAUAUUAAACAAAGUCAAGACUAAAUUCUAAGAAAAUCAGAAAAUUAUGGUCUGCCUGUAAUGCUGGACUGAUUUAUUAAACUAUUAUGCUAGUAUAGUUACUAUAUUCUAUUUUAUGUUUCUUAAGAUAGGAAGCUGUGGCAUUAUUUGUUUACUAUUUUCUUCAGGUUUAAAUGUUGACUUUAUUAAGUUAGUGCAGAUAUUCUCAAGUUCUAUAUAUGUUCUUAAGGUAGGCAGUUGUUGGCUUUAUUUUGUUCUUAUUUUUAUUUUCUUUGGGUCUAGAUCGUUGGUAUUCUGGUAAUGGACUCACUUUGGUUUUUAGUUUUAGUUAAGGAGUAGUUUUAAGUCAAUUUUGAUUGAUCGUUUUGCACUUUGGAUCUCUACUGCUUGUAAUAAUACUAGAACUCAAUAAAAUAUUAUGGAACUCCUUUAGUUAAUAGAGUAUCUGUUAUGACUACUUCAGUUGUUUUUAUUCUUUGCCUUUUAUGCUUUCUCUGGGAUUCUAUGAAGCAACUGUAAGCCUUAACCCUAGGUGUGAAGCUCAUAUCUUUUCUUCUUCACCAAUAUCUUCUUUAAUUCCACCUCUGUUUCAGAUUAAGAACCAUCUUUGAAUUACUUUUCGUCAUGGUUAUUCACAUAUCUGUUAUGUAGCAUCAACGAUACACUCUCUUAACACUUAGAAGGUUUCUCAUGCAAAUGAAAUGCUAAAACAUAUUGAUUACCUAUUUCCAUAAUUCAUAAUGGCAGGGAGAAGGGAAACAUGGUAUGAUCGACAACAGAUUACUCCUUGCUAUGUUGAAGAGAGUGUA